CUGAAGAUUUCAUUCUUUUUUCAGUUACCAAAUAGGUCCAACCGGAAACCACCGCUUGUGCUCAUCACGCAAGCAUCCAUUCACAAUGCGCCAGAGGUAGAGAUAUCGAAUAAACUAUUGAUGAAGCGAGGAAGGCGAAGGACUCCGAGUGGUACCCAGCCGAGCGACAGUGAAUAUACGACGGAUGACGAUAGCCGCUACGCGAAUGUGGGUGAAACUGAAUCAGAAUUCGAGAAUUCAGUUUCUGAAGCAGUUUCACUCAGGGAUCAAUUUAAAGGCCCGAGGCCAAAAGGGGAUCUGUACCCACUUUAUCCAGCACACUCGAGGUCACAAUCUCGCGAUCGCUCCCGCUCCCCCUCCCCAUACACGGACUAUGAGAGUGAUUUUGAAUUGCACUUCAACGAUCCACCGUCGAGAAAUGAGGAUAGUCGAGGGCGUGUCUCGCAGACGAUGGCCGUUCCAGCACCAAUCUUCACCGCAUCAGUUUGUUACGAUGUUUGUUACGAUGGUAUGGACGACUGGGAUUCAGCAAAGGAGCAAUCGGUGGAAUCACUCUCGGAUUACGAGGAUAUGAUUGAUUAUGAUUCUGAUGUUGUAGAAGGUCGCUACUCAGCGGCUCAGAGCCGUCUGGAUAGUCGUGCAGAUUCUCGCCUGAGACCAGAGUCUUCAAUCGGUGCCUAUAUGAGUCCGGUUUCAUUCUCAAGUGACGAGGAUUACGAUGGUCAACACUAUCACGAUCGCGUGGACGUCGGAUGUACGCUAAAGUUGGUGCAGAAGGCAGCCUUGAAAGGUUCUGAUGAAGAUGAAUCAUCCAGUGAAUACUACGACGAUUCUGAGUAUGAAGAUGAGGAAGAGUAUUACGAUGAGGAUGAAGAAUAUGAUGAAGAGGAAGAAGAGGAGGAGGAAGAGGAAGAUGAGAACGAAGAGGAAUUGGAGAAAGAUGGGCAAGCGGUUGAUCUGGAAAAGAGAAAGAAACUGGAAAAAGUGGAGGAACUGGAUGAGGAAGGAGAGGAAGAGGGAAAGAAACUGGAAAAAGUGGAGGAACUGGAUGAGGAACGAGAAGUAGAGGAAGAAGGUGAGCCAGAAAUUGAGAGACGAGAGGUAAUCAAAGACGCAAUUGCUGAGGAAGAAGACGAGGGGGAAUCUGAGGAGGUAGCUGAAUCUGAAUCUGAGGAGGAACUCUCCGCGGCUGAAGCAACGUCGAAAGUUGAGCAGGAAAGAGCAGUUGAAGCAGCUGUUCCUAAGGAGGAUUCCUCAUCAUGCAAACAAACCACCGAAAGAAUUCUAAAAGAAGUCUCUCCGGACGAUGUUAUUAUGGCUGAAGAAGAAGUUGAAGUCGCAACUGUUGAAGAGUUGAAGCCAGAGAUACCGGAAGAAAGUGUCAUGGAAAUGAAACAACAUAGUGAAGAAGUGAAGAGUGUGGAUAUCGUUCCCACAUAUGUACGUCCAGUGGAAGAGAAGCAACGUUCAGACAUGGCAGCCUCCUUUAUUGACCCUAAACCAUUGAUCGAUCACGCGAAAGGGGCGAUAAUUCAGCCAACCAAACUCGCGACUGCUCAAGUUGAAAAACCAGAAGUGAAGGUGGCUGAUGCAAAGAAACCAGUUCAAAAAGAGGCCGUGGUAGCACCAAAAACUGCUACAAGCUCCCCAGCUGCACAGAGCAAACCAUCUGUGGCUCCAUCACCAUCAUCCAUUUCGAAAUCUCCAGAAGCUCAAGCUCAGUCUACGACAGUUCCUUCUUCGGCUUCACCUACACCAAAAGUAGGAAAAAUUUUGCUCUUAUUCUCUAGUUGCAAGAAUAAUGAAUAG